AUGGCACCGCCUCACAUUCCGGCAGACUGCGUCGAAGGGAUACUAGAGUUUCUCGAGGAUGACGUUGCAAGCUUACAUUCUUGCCUCUUAGCCACCAGAACAUGGUGUAAAAUUGCCAUCCCAAUUUUAUGGAGGCAACCUUUUCGCCGCACACGCCACAAACCUUCCGCGGCGUUGGUAGAAACGUAUUGGUCUUUCAUUGGCAUAGAUGAUGUCACGCAAAAAGAUAGAGAAGCGUUAUUAGAAUACAAAAUUGAAUUUUCGGAACCCAAUCGGAAGAAAAUUUUCAAUUACCCUUCAUUCAUAAAACGCCUUAACUAUCGAGAUUUGUAUGAUUUUGCCAUGGUGUGGUACGGCGAUCCAGAAACUUUGCAAACGGUGAAGCCAUUCCGACAGGAUCCGAUGAGAACCAUUGCCAGAUGCCUAUUUAAUCUUUUCCUUUCCAGGGGAGCAAAAUUUGAUUACCUAUUUUGGGACAAUGGAAAAGAAUUGAUCAAGGAGGACCUGGAUAAUUAUGAAGAGGAAGAAGAAGAGAAUGUUGAUUUGUAUUCGCCUCAAGUUGUCGAUGAUGUUUUCUUGGAGUUGCCGCCCCUUCCUCGGUCACACGAUAAUUUCUCAAACAUCCGGAUACUAGGAUGCUUUGCAAAAUGCGAAAAUCGUGAACAGUCGUUUAUCAAUGCUGCGGCUUCAUGCCAAGGAAUAGAAACAUUGAUCGUUGGAGUAUGCAUGAAUGACGAGUGGAAUACCUUAAGGGCGCAACGAGAGAUGGAAUCUUUGAAUAAUUUAAUUAAUGUGCAAAGGCAUUUAAAAGAGUUCAUAUUUGUAGAAUAUCCCGGAACAUUUUGGUGGAGUCCCUCGUCGAGAUUACAGGACGUUAAGCUGUCGCUGAACAGUCAAGUAAAUACGAUGACGACCGUUGAAUUCCAUCACGUUGAUUUUGAAUUUUGGCAUCCCUUAGAAUCUGUAGCAAAUUUAACAAAUUUGGAGACUUUGACAUUUAACAAUUGUCGGCACCAAGAACUGGUAAUGGAACCAUUCAGAUAUAGCUCGUUUCACAGACUUAAAAGAUUGGUCAUGAAUGGAUACAGAGGUGACAGUGGCACUUUGGUUGACCUAUUGUACAUUUUAGUUAGUCACGCAAACAGAACAUUAAGACAUCUUUCCAUAGUAAUGACAUCGGAAACAACGGCAGCGGUAAUUUCAGCCAUACAGAAAUAUCAUCAUUCCGAACUAAUCGAAUUAACGAUUAAAUUCGAUCACUCACAUUUUAUCUCUCUUCUUUCAUGUCCGUUCUAUCCCCUUCCAAGAUUAAAAAAAUUGGUGUUAAGCAGUUGGGGAUUUACGGAAGUUAUAGCGGAUGACCUAUUGCCUCAACUGGGAAAGAGUUUACCACCAAGUUUAGUUCAUUUAGAAAUCUUGGCACCGUGGAAGUUCAGUGUCGAGGCAUUGAAAAGAUUCCUGGAAAAUAGUCACGCUCCUUUAAAAGUUCUAGAUAUCAGGUAUUGUAGGGAGAUACGGGAGCAGCAUAUUGUUCUUAUUUGGAAUCGACUCUAUGUUACCCUGGAGAGUCUAAUAAUUUCGGAAAGCAAGAAUUAUUCUAGAUGUUUCGACUCCAGUGGUGAAAGCAAAACUAAAGGCGAAUCUUCUGGGAAUGCACAAAGUAGUGGUGAUGAUGCUUGUUUGUAUAACGAUCCAGAAUAUCUACACAAAAAUGAUGAUAGAACCGCAGAAUUUGGAUUAAAAUCAUUACGCGGGGUUGUCAAGAAGACUAGAAUCAGUUCUUCGGUCAACGAAACUACCAACUGCCCAAUCGAAGCUUUGCGAUAUAGAUGGGAAUAA